UCCUCCACACUGAGUGGAUGUGCACUCUGCCUGGACAAAGAAACAUCCAGCCUCACUCUGCUGAAUGCUCUCUACCUUCAGCUGGCUCGCUUUCGCCUGUGGACGCACAGUUACGCGCGGCUACAGGACACACACGCUUUACUCUGAUGUAUUUUUCAUUGCUAAGAGGACAUCUGCCCUACUGUCUUUCGUGUGUGUGGAUUUCCAUCUGGACAGUCUGCAGAAAGUGAUGAGCAGUGCGGAGUCAAGGACUGUGAUCUCUGCGUAAACUUCUUUGUCCCUCUUUUAGUGUCUGUCCGCUCACAUUAAAAAUGCAAAUCCUCCUGUACACAGCUGUGUUCCUUUACCUCAAGGAGUCUGCCAGCACAGAGCCAAUAGACAAGUGUCCAACACGGUGCGAUGUGAGUACCUGUCCGAGCCCCAGCUGCCCCAGCGGCUACGUGCCGGACCGCUGCAACUGCUGCCUGGUGUGCGCCCAGGGAGAGGGAGAGCCGUGCGGUCGCAAGGACGACCUGCCAUGCGGGGACGGACUGGAGUGCAAACACCCGGCGGGCAAGCGACUCUCCAAGGGCUUCUGUCGGUGCAAGUUUAGCCACGAAGUGUGCGGCAGCGACGGGAAGACGUACGGCAACGUGUGCCAGCUGAAGGCGACCAGCAGGAAGGCGCAGCAGCAGGGACUGCCGAGCAUCAGCCAGAUCCAGAAGGGACCGUGUGAAGCCAGCACAGGUCCUUCACAUCCUGCCAGUCCUCGUUACAAGUUUAACUUCAUAGCUGAUGUGGUGGAGAAAAUCGCUCCUGCUGUGGUCCACAUCGAACUCUUCCUCAGGCAUCCUCUGUUUGGUCGGAACAUCCCUCUGUCAAGUGGGUCUGGGUUUGUGAUGUCAGAUAACGGACUGAUUGUCACCAACGCCCAUGUAGUCUCCAGCACCACACCAGUGUCUGGUCAACAGCAUCUCAAGGUCCAGAUGCAUAAUGGUGAUGUAUAUGAAGCCAGCAUAAAAGACAUUGACAAAAAAUCAGACAUUGCCACCAUCAAAAUCAAUACACAGAUGAAACUGUCUGUAUUGUUUCUGGGCCACAGUGCAGACCUAAGACCUGGGGAGUUUGUGGUUGCAAUUGGCAGCCCCUUCGCUCUCCAAAACACUGUCACCACAGGCAUCGUCAGCACAGCCCAGAGAGAUGGCAAGGAGCUAGGCCUCAGGGACUCUGACAUGGACUACAUCCAGACAGAUGCUAUAAUCAAUUAUGGGAAUUCAGGAGGACCUCUUGUCAAUUUGGAUGGGGAGGUGAUCGGUAUCAACACCCUGAAGGUUGCAGCAGGAAUCUCAUUUGCCAUUCCCUCCGACAGGAUAAUUCGCUUUCUCAAUGAUUCGCUCGAUAAGCACAACAAGGAUGUGAGGUCAAUAAAGAAGCGUUUCAUUGGAAUAAGGAUGCUCACCAUCACACCAGCGUUAAUUGAAGAGCUAAAACAGCAAAACCCAGACUUCCCUAAUGUUACCAGUGGGAUUUAUGUUCAUGAGGUUGUUCCUCACUCACCUGCACAGAAAGGCGGUAUCAAAGAUGGUGACAUUAUUGUGAAACUGAAUGGCAAACCUCUGAUGGCUACCGCUGACCUGCAGGGGGCACUGCAGGAGGACACAGCCCUACUGCUGGAGGUCAGGAGAGACAAUGAUGACCUACUCUUCAACAUCGAACCUGAUAUUAUCAUGCAGUAGACAUCAGAAGGACCGUUCUCAUGUAGAGUUAGUCCAACAUCUAAGGCCCUAAUUUUGUGAGAGAAAACAUUGGAUGGUUGAAGCUCUGCACCAGUGCAGUGGAACUUUUGUCAAGCGCACACAUCUUCUGAUACUUUGGUACCCAGCUGUUAACUGUGCCAAAGUAAAAUGAACCCAUGGACAACAUGUUGCAAUGCAGUUUUGGUUUCGAGGAUUUCACCUGUUCAGACCAAGUCAACGUUGGAACAGGUGCACACAUGUACAUACACGGAAUUGCAUAGACCCAAACCCUUUUAAUGAAUUUUGUGUUUCACUUUGAUUUUCACAUUAGAGCUAAACACAUUUACCAUACAAGUGUCUCAAAAAUAUCUUAAUAUGAGUCAAUAACGGCUGUUAGAAAGCACUUUAUGAUGCACACCACAAAAAACACAAGGUAAAAGCAAAGUUGAUCAAUGUGCAGUUGAACUGAUACAUUUCUCUUUUUUAAAGUAACAAUGUUAUAAAGAAAAUGAAUGAAUUUUGCUCUGAGGCAUUUAUCAGAUUGGCGAACAUGGUCACAAGCAUAAGUCCAUAAAACCCCCAUGACCCCUACAGUAUCCAUGAAAGGGUACAGAACUGGUCCCCUUAUCCAUGACUGGGACAGAAUUCGCAUUGUUUCUCCUUAGAACUGGUCUUAACCCCUCACAUUUGACCCUUAUGUCUUGGUGGGAUCAUCACUUGAAAAACAGGACCCCUGGUCUCCCAAAUCCAAAUCAAAGUGAGGUAGCAAGCUUCCCAAAUUGCCACUGCGAAAGGAGUCCUGGUAACAAGGAAGCUGAGCCUGAACGUUACUGUUGACUGAAAGAAUCUUUGAUAGCAUCCAAAACUGGUUCCUUUGCAAGGUGUCUGCACACAGUCAGGAGGAGCUCAAACAACCAGAAUACUCAGAGUAGAAUUUCUGCUUCUCUGUGUUGAGAGGCGUUACUUGCAUUGGUUCAAGCAUCUGAUUAGGCUGUCUCCAGGAUGCCUCCCUUUUGAGGUGUUCUAGCUAUGUCAAACUGGGAGAAGACAUGGGGGCAGACCAAGAAUACUGGAGGAAUUACAUAUCCCAUCAGGCCCGUAAACAUCUUGGGCCAGGGCCAGGGGAUAAUGAUGUUUGGGAUACUUUACUUGAUGGAUCGAUAACUGGAUUGAUGAUGAGAGUUGUUGGGUAUGGCUUGUGAUUAUUAGUGAGAUGCCAACUAAAAUAUGAAAUGAUCAACUGAACUGUGUUGACUGAUGAAGAGGUUGAUGUGAUUAAAUCUUUGUUCAUCAUCUCAUUCAAGUCUUUAUCAAAUAAAAAUGUAUUGCAAUUUUAUCAAUUCAGUCACCUUUAUCAACUCUGCUUUUAUCACUUAUGAUUUGGGGGUACUUGAAGACUAUAGAUGAUUCUUAACAGUAUACCAAAGUGUCAGCAUACCUACCUUACUCUUGAACAAUGGACUACACAUUGCACAAUUUUUCAUUAGAAUAGGGUUAUAGUUUUAUCAAUAUUGGCCUUCAAUCAGCUGUCGGUGUCGCCCACUGCAGACUGGAUGGACAGUCCCUCUUGACCUCGACUAGUGAGUGCUAUGUUGAUCAUUUUAAUUAUUUGUAUUGUAUGUCAGUUGUAUGAACAGAGGAAUCAAUCUUGAUGCAGCAGGAUUUUGCUGAACAGUUUGAGUCUGUAAAACCUGCAAUGAAACCUUUACGUAUGAAAAUGGCUGAAUCUGAAGAUAAUGGCUGUAGGCCAGGCAGCUUCAUUCCAAAAUUGCUGAAAACCUUUCGUGAAAAUGAUGAUGACUUGUAUUGUAUCUUGAGCUUGAAAAAAAGUUCUUAUAACCCAAAACUAAGUAGCUAAACUUGGAUGAGUAAGGGUGGAUCCCCAAGGAAUCCAUCCAAUCUGAGCCCUAAAGUUGUAUCACCUCUGAAAUCUAGGUCUUAAACCUGAAAGCCUGGACAUGUAUGACAGAUACGUGUUACUGGCAAUGUAACAGUCAAACAUAAAGUAACAAGAAUACAUUAUUAUGGGCCCAAUCAUGCCAAAGUUCAGCAAAAUUCAUGAAUACAAAGAACAGGCUUUUUACACUACUCUUAGCCCCAGGCUAAAGGAGCUGCUAGCCUGGGGCUAAGAGAGUAUUAACACCGGCACAAUCCUGACAUAUUCCAAGUGGGCUAACCCGGACUUUAGCCUAUAGGGCUUGUUGACCCUGCUCCAGAGCAGGAUUUGCCCCGAUUUUACUGGGUUAUCCCCUGAAAAUAGACUUAGCCCAGGCCUACGAGUUGCUAGUGUGAAACAUGGUUAUGAACAAGCAUUAAGAAUUCAUACAGGGACGGGCAGGAUUCUAACUUUUCCCUUAGGACGUCUUUAUUCAGUCAUUACAUGAAUAUUUUUCAUGUGAACAACUGUGGACAACACACAGAUGUGUUUGGGGAUUAGUUAUCUGGAAGUUUGUGCACCAUUAUACUCAUUUGUAUGAUUCAUCAUGUCUCAGCCCUGUGGUUGAGGACAAAAAGGAAAGGUUGCAGGCCUACUUGAACCUCACUGAGCUUGACUUGUCCCCUGCAGUUCUUUCACUCAUCGCCUGUAGUGUCCACUUUGUCACUGAGUGGUAGGAGCUGGGUCUGACAUUCUCUUGCACCGCUAACCAUGCAACAAGUUUUGUUGGUAAUUUAGGUAAAAUUAAUAUAACAACUUGUGACCAUUGUACAAACUAGUUUGUUUGAAACACACUGAAGCCUUUGUUGCAAACCGUGACCUGGGUGCAUGUUGGGAUGUUAUAUAAAACACUUGAUAUUUUUGUUUGGGUCUUACGUCUACUGUGUUAUGUCGUAUAAUCUUACGAUAGCUGAUUUUUUGACAUCCACUGACUCCCAAACAUGGUGAACAAGAUUAUAAGAUACUUGAGGCUGAGGCAUUAUAAGGCAUUAUUCCACAGCACAUCUUGCUCUAAGUGCACAUGGAGCAUGAAAUAGUGAGCUUCCUUAGCAAGCUCACCAGCAGCCAUAUUGGAGAUCCCUUUUACCAGAAUGAGUGAGAAGAGCUGACUGUGUAAUCUAAUGCAAGCAUUAUACCGCUCCAUAUCUGUGCUCUGCUUGAAUUUCUGGUAAUUGACAAUAAUGGCAUUGUAUUUGCAAGCUAACCCUAGUAUCUGUUUAAAUUAGCAUUAACUGAUUUUUUUUUUUUUGGCAACUUGGUACAGCAGAACAAGCCGUAAACAAAACUGACAUAGAGUUAUCACUUUAUGGUAAAUGUGUUAGCAAACAAAGGCCUAUUUACACAUCCAUCAGACAUGCAACAACAUUAGCAUUUGCUUGGGGCCAUUCUUUGGGCUAAUUUUCACUCAGGUUUGGUCUCCACCAAAUUCUGAGAAAAAUAUGCUCUACUGUGUUCAACUGUUAGUCUCUAAGGGCCCUGACACACUAAGCCAAUGGUCGGCCAUCGUUCAAUGUUGGGCCAUUGGUGAGCAUCUAUCGCGCUAGUUUUGCAGUGUGCUCUGCACUGUUGCCACUAGUCGGCCCUUAACAGCUAUUUUUUAGCCAGUACAGCAUGUUGAAUCAGCGCCAGACCCGGUGGAGCUCAUUGUUACUUUAGCAGUAAUGGUACAUAAUUGUUUAUUAUUGUUCGCUAACACAUGGUAAAUAUAAUUUGUUCUUUCAACAUCGGGUAAUGUCGUGCUCACUGGCUAACUCAUAUAUCCAUUCUGUCGGUCUUCCAGUUUCCAUACCGCCACCUGCUGGUAUGGAAAAUUUCCUCUCACAAAGGCACAGAGCUUACAUGCCAGUUAGCAGUCAGCUAGAGUCUUUACUCUUGCUCUUGUUCAAGAGCAAUUUUUUGGCUGAAACACAGGCCACCAUUAAAUAAAUACCAUUAAAGAUGCUAAAAUGCUCCAUCGAGCAGUUUGUAAUAAUUCUAUGUGGAUCAGUCACUAUGACUGACCCUUUUCACAUUACACAUUUGAUCAGUUUUACCAUUACCUUUGAUCUAUUUUACCACAAAAAAAUAAUAAUUAGUACAGCUUUAACAUUCAUUGCUUGGCUUUAUAAGGCUGCUGGCUGGCUAUGAGUUUUUGUGCUCAAUCAAAGACAAAUCCCAGACUUAUCUCUGUACUGGACACAGAGAUGAAAUCGAACUUUGAUCUGAUUGUGAGUUUCAUGGCCAACCAAAGCAUUUCCCUUUAUGUCAGAGCUUUCCUAUAACCAACAUUAGUGGAUGGGUCAUUUUCCAAUAGACUUUCAUGACCUCGCCACAUGCAAGACUGUACCACAGCUGCAGAGCCUCUACAAUAAACAUAAAGAGGUAAAUAUUUAGGAGGUUGAGUCCUUAAUGGGCUGAUUGUAAAAUAUGCUAUAAGGGCAUUUGCCAAAUUUAUUGUUUAAGCAUCACAAUGAGCUCCCAGUGUAAGAUUGAGACACUGUGUAAGCAGAUGUUAAACAUUGUCAUGUUCUUUGGUUCAUGGUUGGUAUGAUUUUUUUUAUUGCUGUAUGUUGUCCUUCCAUAACCAAAUGUGAACCACAUGUGUGCUGAUUAAGUUGAAAUGAUGUACUCUGUUGGAAUGAAGAGCACAAAAUGUGAGUAGAUGUUUUUACGUAGUCUCACCACUGCUGCUGCUCUGGUUCAUAACUGUUUGUCUUUUUCUAAGAGUAGACACAUGCUUUUAUCACAUCCUCAAAACCAAAUGUUUACAUGUAAGUUGCAAACAAGGCACUCCUCUCCAUCGGCCUGUGGAAGUAGCUUUUUCCACCAAAUAAAAUUUUCACAAACAGA